AUGUCCAAAUUGAAGCUCCAAGUUCUCUUAGUCCCUGAGUCAUUCGCAGAUCUGAGGACAGAACUGUUGGAUUUUCGAUAUACGAGAAAGUUUUUGCAUAUCACGGAUCCGCAGACGUUACUUAGUGUGGUGAGCAUAGAAUUAAGUAAGAGAUACAAAAAAUUAUACCCUGACGGUGAAGACCUACGUAUCGAAAGGCUACAAGACAAUGAUUUAUGUGAUCUUGAUCCCGACUUUGAGGCAGGCGAUGUAUUUAAUUCUGGCCAAAUUUUAAGAGUUGUUGUAAUUAAUAAUAUGCAUCGUAAUGGACCAGAAAGUGAAACUCCAUUUGCCUUCAAGUCCGUUGACUUGGCCCAAAGCACUCCAAUUCUUCCGCCAGCUCCUAUUUUGACAAGUGAUCCAAAAUGCUCGAGUGGUAAAAAAACUCAAGAGUAUUUUGAAAAAUUUGACUCUAAUAUUCCAUCAAAGUCAGUCAAUCCUUCAUUAUGGUCUCAAAAAAAUAAUGGUGAUCGGCUGAUUAAUAGCUUGGGAAAUAUUAGUAUGAAAAUUAGAGGAGAUAAUGAAACUAUCCAGAGCUCCAAUGAUGUCGUUUCCUUUCCACCGCCCAGGUUAUCUGGUGAUUGGUCAGUGCCUAUCAAAAGGAAUAUUAAACUGAGGGAUUCGUCUGGAUUGGAACAGACAAGAAUUACAUCGGGAAUGCUUAGCUUGCCACCUCAUGCAAAAUUAGAGCAAGAUGAUAUAUCUCAUCGCUUACUAUCUGGGGCGAAGAACAACGUAUCUAUACAUAAUAAUUCAGAUAUAGACUUAUCGAAUGAUCUGAGCAUGUCUAGCAUAAAAGCAAACGAAGUUGAACCUUCAAUUAAUGCGGCUACGGUACCCGAAAUUGCCCAAAGUUUUGACGACCAAAGAGACCUCGAAAUCCAAAAUGUGUCCUCCGAUAUGAUUCACGACAAGAAGUAUCGUAGCAACUCGUCAAAUCUAGUUGAUACAAUUUCAAGAGAGGAAGUGAUUAAAAUGUUUCGAAAAGGGUUAAACUAUUAUGAUACUAAGUCAAGAAAGAAAAGUGACGCCUCGCACGAUAAAAAGCCUUCGUCAUUGUUAAAGAGUUUGGAAAUAGAUAUGGUAAAUGGUGGAAUGCCUUCAACAGGAGGUAGGAGAAAAUCUCGCUUUGCACUAAAACCCGGUAAUGAAUUAGAUAAUAAUUCAAAUGCUACGAUUGCAGUGCAGUUUCAGAUUCCAUCAAACGGUGCUCAUUCAUCUUCAUCGAAGAAUGUAAACUCAUUACUGGAGCGAGGUGAAUGGGGAGUAGAUGACAAAAAAGAUGUCAGUGAUGAUCAGGUUAGCCAUAUAAAUAAUAAAAAUGGCGAAGUAGGUUUUGUAACUAAGGAUAUCAAUGCAGAUGAUACAACAUUGCAACAUCUAAUUGAUAAGCUAAAAUCAUUUGAAGACAAAUUGAACGCCAUAGCAGCACCAGGAUGCGGAACAGUUAAACUGCGACUGCAUAAGGACAGAGAAACAAUAGCAUCAGUAGCUGGUGACUUCGUUCCAUCAGUGAACCUAACAAAUGGUAAUGUUAUAUUACCUUCUGAAUCGAAUGCAAAGGAGAAAGGCUCCUCAUAUACGCAGAUUCCAAAUGCAUGCUCAUCUUCACCCCAGGAAUCGAAGGCUAAAGAAAAUAAGGCUGCACUAAUAACUGAAGAGGAUACCAACACAAAAAGGACCUCUAAAAGGAAGCAAGAAGAGGUGACUUCCACAUCAGAGUCUAGCGAUGAGUCUGCUGAUUCUGACUUGAACGAAAUUAAGCGACCACGAUUAGCAGCUUUUGCCCCGACACCUUCGGUCAAGAGCGUUAAGUCGAAGCCAGUGGAUUCUCCAGGCAAAGCUACUUCGUUGAAUGCGAAUCGAACUGAAAACAGCAAUGCUAAAGAUAAAAGAUCAAAUUCGUCAUCUUCCCAAGGCUCAGAAGGCUAUCACACACCAGAUAACGUUGCUCUAGAAAAUGAAACGAGCUCAAAAAAAAACAAUGCCGAAGGAACAUAUAUCCGAAAACCUAAAUUGACAUCAUUACAAGAUUUAGCUCAGCGAGGAUUGCCAGACGUAAGAGAUAGUGCAAGGAAAUCUUCGAAGUUUGCACAAGUCACAAACGCUUCUGGACAUAAGAUGGACGAUUCGUCAAGUGAUGGUGAUUCGUCUAGUGAUAGUGAUGAAAGUGAAAGCGACUCAAGUUCAGGAAGCUCAAACUCUUCUGAUGGCUCCCGAAAAUUUUUGAGUGUAAAAGAUCUUAAUGGGAAGAAAAAAACCAGAAAAAAGAGUGCGUUCUAUAGUCUAUUGAAGGAUUCUAACAAUGGAAAAUAG